CGCUCCUCGGCGGCGCACUCGGCGGGUCCACCUGCGCAGGACGGAGCGGCCUCUCCUCCGCAGAACUCGAUAUGUCCAGACUUCAAGAAAGUCUCCUAGGGCCACCUUGCUCAUUUCUUCUGCUUUCUGAAGAAUAGAGUUCAGCUCGGAAUAAAACACCUUCUCCCAAGGAUGGUGAAAAGCAGAUUUAUGGAACAAUCUACAAACUUCCAUGGUCUGUCCAGGGACUUGGAAUUUAGAAUGGUAGCUUCCUUUGAGGGGAGGAGAAUGAACAGCCAUGAAACAGAGAGCUGUUGGAACACGAAAUCUGCAUUAUUUGAGAAGGCAAAUUGUCUACAGGAGAAAGCAGUGUACAGCGAGAUCAGGGAUAGAAAAACUGGGGAGCACAUAUUAAGGGAACCCUGCUGGACAUUUGGUGCCAGGAAACAUUGGUUAGUGAAGGGAGUGCUGCAACAGAAGGAGAGUGCCUUCACCGAAGUGAGGAGGUCUGUGGAGAAAGUCAAAGAAGCAGAACAAGGAAACAGGAAGGCCGGUUUGGACAAAGCUGCAGUACAGUCUUCCCCUGGCAGCGCAUUCUCCUUUGUGCGGCCGAACAGCAUCCCAGGGGAACCCAAAAGUGCUUUCAGCAAACCAGCCAAGUGCUGGGAAGACGGAGGGGCUCUGGCUGCUUUUCGACCUCUGAAGGGUAUCAAGGAAGGAAGCCCAAGGAAAUUGUCGGAAUGCAUCGGUGCCACUGACCUCACGCCGUACGGUGGCCACCUCGCUUCUGGAUUCCUGGUAAGUGAUUCAGAUGGUUUCCAGCUGCUGUCGGCUAACCUCAUCCGGAGCAGCCCGUUCCCUUUCUCUUCAGCCCCGUGGCCAAAGGAAGCAGGUGAGCAGACGCAGGCCACCCCUGCUUCCAGCUGCAGCCUUCCCUCCUCUGCCUCCUGGGCUCUGCUGCCUCCCACUUUCUCCCCUCUCGGUGUGGCAGCCCAGAACUGGUGUGCAAAGUGCAGCCUCUCCUUCCACAUGACAUCGGACCUCGUGCUGCACAUGCGUUCCCAUCACAAAAAGGUCGAGGUCUCGAAAGAAACCCAAAGGAAAAGGAGGCAGGAGGAAAAGCUGGCCUGUCCCGUUUGCCAGGAAUACUUUCGAGAAAGACAUCAUUUAUCUCGACAUAUGACUUCACACAACUAGCCUGCAGAUUUAAUGGAUCUCUACUUGUUGGAUAUGUUUGUGUGCACAAGUUGAUUGAAUUCCAUUGUGGUUUUACUGUAUUUAACCAGAAUCUUCAAAAGGCAGCCUUUUGUAGAAGUGUUCAGAAGAAGUGUAAUUACAUGAGCUCCAGAUAGCUCAAGUUCUGAAAAUGAAACUGCAAAUAUGCUUAUAAGGAAAUAAACAGUAACAUGUUAAGAGAAAAGUUUUGCUUUCUGCAGAUCCAUUUUCUUCACCCUAAACUAUGAAAAUGUUGAUAACAAUUUUUUUUCUUUAGUAAUUUGAAGCAGCAACUUUUUCCAUGUCAGAGCCAUUGUGGAAUGAAAUUCUUCCCUAGCCUAGGAUUGAAGUAAAGGAUAUAAUUCAUUUUAAGUUAAGCUUGAUUCCUGGUGACUAUCCAAGCAAAUCCAUAUAAUUUUCCUGAAGUGAUAAAAUGGCCUUCUUCAGUUGUGUGCUGCAGUGCUGCUGCACCAGGCAGUGACAGGUGUGGGUGGGGGGUGGGGGUUGUAUCUCAGAAAAGACUGGUGAGGAUGGAAGUGCCAGCUUCCCAGUUCACACCCACAUGUCUGCAAGCUUUCAAACGAGACCGCAGUGAUUAGAAUAAGAGAAGCAGGAGGCAUCCAUUUAGGGGAUCAAAUCCAGUGCAGGAGUCCAAAUUAAACCACUACCAACAAGUAUCUAAUUUUUCAGCCACAUCAUAUUGUGGAUUUUGGAUAGCCCUGGUAGCAUAAAAGUUCAAAGUUACCUCUGAAUUGGUGAUAGCUUGCCUCCAAGUACCAAUUUCAGGGAGCCAUUUUAUCUCCUCAAAUUAUAUUUAAGAACCAGUUUGAGUUUCAAUAUUCUUAAUAUAAACAUGGACAUAAUGGUUUUGCUCCAUAUGUGUUUCUACUAUCAAGAUUGUAAAGAAAUUUGUUCUAACAGAACUCUGAAACAAAAUUGUACAACAAUUGGUAAAAGGUAUUCAAUGGCCAAAUACUAAUGCAAAGUCCUUUUAUUUGUGUUUGAUCUUACAAUUUCUGCUUUGUUUAAACUUCCAAAAUGUAACUGACAUUUGUUCUGAGGCAUGACAAGCUAAGAAUUCCUCCAUAGCCUCUUGAAGUGACAUCAACUUUAUUUGCUACAAAAAUGGGUAUAUUGCAUCAUUUAUAUUGCACUAUACAUAAAUAUAUGUUGCACUAGCCAAUUUGGUUAGUGGUUAAGCAUCAGGCUAGAAAGCAGAGUUUGCUCUGACUGUUAUAUACAAAUAAUAAACAUGUUGCUAAAAUGUAUAAACUUGUGUUGAAAUUUGAGACAGAAAAAUAAAUAUACUGUAUAAUAAAAUGGGUUAAUUUUUUUGGUUAAAAUAUACAAAUGGAACAAUGGGAAAAUGGACACAAACGCAUAGGCUAAUUCAGAAAUUUUAAAGGCUAAAGUAUGGUUGAAACCAAAGGCUUUUAUUUUGGAACUAAUGGAUACGCAGCUAGAAAAAAAGACUCAGAAUGACAACUGCAGCGAGAUUAUUAGAUGCUCAAAAACGGUCAGUAUUGGCAAGAUAUGAAGUUGAACAUGAAAGAUGAAUUUGUACUUACGGUCAUUUUUGUAUGUAAAUGUGGAAACCUGGAAUCAUGUUGUUCACUAAAAAGAUAUGUUUUUAAAAUGUGGAAAACUGAAAUAAA